UCCGGUAUUGUUAUAUCAAACGACUAUGCACUUGACCUGCGAUGUUUUUGUGUUAGUUUGGCAUAAUAUCUAACACAUUUACCGUUUUUAUUCUUUUAUAUUAUAUUUUUCAGCCUCGUUUGUGUCAAUAGAUGAUUUACAACUUAUCGGCUUUUUCAGCAGCUCUUUUAGUCAACGGGCACGGAGGAAUGUUUUCAAUGUGACACAAGAAAGAUAUCACCCAACAAUGCGUGUAUACAAAGAGCGGCUGAAAUACAGAGUGUGAGAGCGGCAACCAGCGCGACAGCAGACUCACAACUCAAUGAAAAGUACUGUCUGGAGCUGGUCAGGUCUAGAGACUAUGACGGCUUCGUGUCCUCCCUCCUCCUUCCAGAGGAGGCGCGGCGCUCCUCUUUGGCUCUGAGAGCCUUUAAUGUGGAGCUGGCACAGGCAGGUGAAGGACUCCAUUUCCCAGAAGACCAUUGGUCUGAUGCGAAUGCAGUUCUGGAAGACGGCCAUAGAAGAUAUCUACAGAGACGAGCCUCCCAACCAGCCAGUCAGCGCCGAGCUGUGGAGGGCGGUGAGGAAACAUUACCUGACAAAGAGGUGGCUGCUGAGGAUCAUAACAGAGAGAGAAAAGGAUCUGGAAGACAGGGCCUACAGAAAUCUACAGGAGCUGGAGGCGUAUUCAGAGAACACCCAGUCCUCCUUGAUAUACCUGCUGCUCGAGUGUUUAGGGUUGAAAGACAUCCAUGCAGACCACGCAGCGAGUCACAUUGGUAAAGCUCAGGGGAUCGUGACGUGUCUGAGAGCGACUCCUUAUCACAGCAGCCGACGGAAAGUCUACCUGCCCAUGGACAUCUGCAUGCUGCAUGGAGCUUCUCAAGAGGACUUCAUCCGCAGCAGCCGGGAGCAGAACGUCCGGGAUGUCGUGUACGACAUUGCCAGUCAGGCUCACGUACAUCUACAACACGCGCGAUCAUUUAGCCACAACGUCCCAGCAGCUGCCACUCCGGCCUUCCUCCAGACGGUGGUGUUGGAGGACUACCUGCAGAGAGUGAGGAAGGCCGAUUUUGAUGUUUUCAACCCCAGUCUGCAGAACAGAAACCCCCUCCUCCCCUUCCAGCUGUACCUCCGUUCCUGGAAGAAGACCUACUGACGUCGGUCCUUCACCCCCUCCUCCUCCUUCUGCAGGGGUCCGCUGCAGGAGGAGGAGGUGAAGCCCAGAGACUUCACCCCCUCCUCCUCCUUCUGCAGGGCCCCGCUGCAGGAGGAGGAGGUGAAGCCCAGAGACUUCACCUCUCUGGGGGGAUUCUGUCUGACUGUAGCAGGACUAAUCCAGAAAUGUUUUCAACCACAGUGCUGCCACUGAAGUCUGCCUCCUUUAAUAAAAAAAACCAACAACCACAAACCACAAGACACCACACUGUUGUUUCUCAACCUCUGGCUCCAACCCCAGCUCUGGUCCUUUAAACAUUCAGGCAUGGGAGAGUCAUUGUUUGAGACAGACGAGUUCUCUGGAGACGACUGCUGCCAUGCUCACCAGAAUUCAAGUAUUUAGUAUUGUAUUCGUGAAUGUACGAGUGUAAUACUUUGACCAGAUGUUUUAUGCAAGCUUAAAGGAUAAUUACAGCUUAUUACAACUUGGGUCCAUCAUCUCCAUCAGUAAUAAUAACAGUGUAAGAUCUGGAAACACGGUGACAUCACUAAGAAGAAGUGUGACGAUCAGACAGGUUUGAAACAAACUUAUUUGGGAGAGAAAACGAAGGCGAACAGAAAAGUUAGUACACAAACUGCCCGUUGUAAACCUCCAUGACAGUUUACUGACCAACGUCCUGCUUCAGCAUUGACCUAACACAUAUAACAGCCACACUUUCUCUCACAGGAUUACAUGUCUUGUGAACCUUACGGCACCGAGCUGCCGAGAGCUGCUCUGGUCAGAGAGUACAUGAGGAAGAGACAUCUGUCUUCAUCACAUUACAUCACAAGCUUGAGGUUUGCCCAAACUGUAUAACACUUCUAUUUUUAAAAUAAACUUUACUGGUUAAGUCAAAAGUUCGUUAGCUAAUGUCACUAGCAUUGUCAACAUUUCCUGUUGCUGUUACCGCUACACUCACAUCAAAAUACAUGCAGCGGUGGAAGAAGUCAAAGCAAUAACCACAGUGUACAAGUACUUAAGUAUUAUCAUGAAAAUAUACUUAAAGUACCCAGAAUAAUUUCAAAAUAAUAAAUAUCAUAUUAUUGGAUUAUAAUUAUUGAUGCAUUAAUAUGUAAGCAUCACUAGUGUUGCAGCUGGUAAAGGUGAAGCUAAUUUUAAUUACUUUUUACACUGCUGGGUAGCUUAAUCUACGAUAAUACAUCAUAAUUUAUUAGUCGAUUGUAUACUUUGUAUUAAUCUGAAUCUGCAAAGUAACUAGUAACUAAAGCUGUCAGAUAAAUAGUGGAGUUAAAAAGUACUAUAUAUAUAAAAAAUAGAAAUAGUCAAGUAAAGUAAAAGGUCCUCCAAAUUGUACUUAUGCACAGUACUUGAGUAAAUGUACUUAGUUUCAUUCCACCAGUGAACACAUUUAUUUAAACACAUGCAGGACGUGCUGUGUUUGUAUUUACUGUAGCUGUAUCUUUAUCUUACUGCAUCAAUGUCAAGAAACAAAGCAGCUGGGCUCCUGCUGUGACAGUACGCUGGUAAACACCAAGCAGCACCCUAAAUAAAUGAAGCUAGCGCCAAAAACUGCAGGUCCUCGAAUGGCCACUUGAGGCUCCAAAAGCGAGUCAAUCCCCAUAAACCCCCGUGUUAAAAUGCCCAACUUUACAGCAGAAAUAUGUUUACUGGUACAAAAAACGGUUUUGGCCUCUGUAGCUAAUUUCCCCCUUCAUGACAACUGUACAGUGGGUGAAUUUUUAUAUAACUCACCCAUUUAAAUUAUAUUAAGGCUUAAAGUUGGAGUGACAGGUGGCUGCCCUCUCAGGUGGCUUGCCGAUAGGUGGUUUCAUCGACCAGGCUUCAUUCGGCCCGCCUCAGCUCCACCUCCUUGCCCAUUUUUGGAUUAGCCGGAGUCAGGCACCGCAAAGAUGGCGACACCAGAGCCGCCCACUUUGAGCUUCACAACGGCUCUUCAGAAACCUAUGGGUGACGUCACGGACACUACGUCCAUGCUUUAUACAGUAAAUACUGAUAAAUGCACCACAGACGAGUGGUUUUAGCACUCAACUAAUCAAGUAACUCGUGAAACCCCUCGCCAGCACAGUGUUUCCCUGUGCGAUGACGGAUUAAGACCAACGUUUCUCAUUUUCAGUUUGACCUCCAAAUUAAGUGGUUUAGAUAAUCAGGAUAAACUGUUGGUUUGUUUACAACCUGUCUGACCUUUGUUGGCGAGAAGCUACGAAAAUAUGAUCCAAGCUGUAAAAAAAAUGAUCCUUUACGUUGUUUUUGUAACAUUACCUUUUAAAGGAUUACGAAGGAGAAAAAGAUGGGAGGACUGGGAAAAACAGUGUCAGUCUGGCACCAACAUGACAGAUCCUGGUGAAAAAGCUGCUGUACAGCCGUCAUGGUUUCUAUGGUAACAGGGGGAAUUUAGUUAUCCAUAACUAAACAGUAUUUGCAGGGUAGUAGUAUAAGUUUGGUUCUUAUGUGGUUCAAAUUACUCCCCAUGUUUCACCAGAUUUCGCAGAGACGUUCUGAUGGUGUUAAUCUUCUGACAGUCAGUCGGUCAUCUGUUGAUUAUUUUAUUUGUUUGUUGCUUGGAUUCUUUUGUUCUUCAGUUUUUUUUUCUUUCCUCUUCCGUCUCAUUGCGGCCGCAGAGGAAAAUAUUACUUUGAGAGCUUUGAUAUCAUUUUGGUCUCAAAUUCGGUCGUGUUAUGGAGCCUCUCAGCAGAGAGUCAGUCGAGGACGGAGCACCAAUCAAUGGAAAGAAGAGAAUCUCAAAAGAUAAUGAGAGAGAUGGUCACUCAGGCAGGCAGCAUCAAAUAAGGAACAUUUUAUCUUUGAACUGACUCAGAAUAAAGUACACCUGUGGAGAGCUGUUUAAAGUUUCCCAUUGCACAAAUACAUCAGUGUACUGGUACUACUGUGUGUGUGUGUGUUACUGUUACUGUGUCAGUAUUUGUUAUCUGACCAAAUUGAGCCCAGAUUGGAAAGGAAGGAAUUGUUCAGGUUUGUUUCACACUGAAGCUGAAAAACAUCCAGGAGGUUGAGAAACGAUGGAGAUGGAUUGGAGGACCAAUCACAGACUGUAGACUAAGAUACUACAUGAUGUACUAAAUAAACCUGAAGUGAAACACAUCAUGUCUGUUGUUUAGAAUCUGAAGGGUAAAAUAAAAAGUAUGAGUAAGACA